CCCACACUGUUAAAAUAUCUAUUUUGGGGAUUCGAUAUUAAUAAAAAAUCUCAUAACACAGAUAAUAUUAUAAUAACUGGCAACAUCGUACCCCGUUCUUUCAUUUCCAAAAGUAAAACAAGACUCGGAAUGGCUGACGCGCCGUCAACAGCCCCCAAGGCGAAAGCGCCUAAGUCAAAGGCCCCAAAAGAGAAGGCCGCUAAGCCCGCGCCGGCGGCCCCGGCGGAGCCCCCGAAAGUGGUGCGUAAAGUGUCCUCGAAGCCCCGUCACGGCAGGCUGUACGCCAAGGCAGUGUUCACAGGAUACAAACGUGGUCUCCGUAACCAGCACGAAAACACAGCCCUUCUCAAGAUUGAGGGUGCCCGUGAUCGCUUAGAUGCCGAUUUUUAUGCUGGUAAACGGUGUGUAUAUGUAUACCGUGCCAAGAAGAGGACACCUAUUGCUGGUGGACCCAAAGGCAAGAAGACCAAGUUGCGUGCGAUCUGGGGCAAAGUGACCCGUCCUCAUGGAAACUCCGGCAGUGUACGCGCCCGCUUCAAGUCCAACCUGCCCGCUCACGCUAUGGGACAUAGGAUACGAGUGAUGCUGUAUCCUUCCAGGAUCUAAGAACCUCCUGUUAUAUUGUAAGCUAAAAUAAAAACUAUAAAAUUCA